AUGCCUCCAUCGUCUUUGCCCGGCUCAAAGCCUAAAGUUAUCAAAGCCCCGGGAUCAAAUACUAUCAGAGUCUCUGUUGCGUGUGACCGUUGUCGAAAGAAGAAGAUUAAGUGUUUCUACGAUGAAGGCGACGAGAUCGACCCAAACGGCCGCGCCCAAUGUGCGAAUUGCAAAGGCGUGGGUCUCGAAUGUAUUUUCACCGAUAAACUAGCAAGAAAAGCGUUUCCAAGAGGUUACACGGAGUCCUUAGAAGAGCGGGUGCGAGAAUUGGAGUUUGAAAAUAGAAAGCUUCAGAAACUGUUGAACUUGAAGGCAGACACCUCUGAGCUUUCGGAUGGUCCCGUGGACGACCAGAAACCGCCCUCUUUGCUCAACGACGAAAAUCUGUCUCUGCUCAACAAUCAGAAGGAGUUCAAGUCCAUGGAGGAACACUUACACGACGAAACAUGCAACUGUGGCAAUUUCCCACAUGCCGUGCACAAUAGACCAGUUUCGAUCGCAGGAUCGGUGGAUAUCGACAAAGGUGACCUCAGCGACGACGAUAUCUCGUUGUACUCAGCCUCCAUGGGCUCCAACUACCACUUCACACAGAACGCAGAUGAUCUGAGAAACAGAUAUGGUUAUAAUUCAUUUGAACAGGUCAACGCUCCAGGAGCUGCUGCCGCUGUUUCUUUGCAAAACAAGUUACGAACUAAACAUUUUAUGAGCUUGGCAAACCUCAUUGCAACAGCUAUUCCCCGAUCAACCGAAGAAACCUUAUUCAUACCUUCUUUGUUGGCUAAAGUCGUGAGCGUUCAUGGAUUUAACUCCAAAGCUCCUUACCUGACGUCCAAAUCCAUUGCUUUGCUUAAAGAAGCAUACAAUGAGGACAGUCGAUACUCGCAAUUUCCAAUCAGCUUCGAAAACACCAAAUUCAAUGAAUUGUCUGCAGACGAGUCAAAAGCGUUCUUCCAGACCCUUAGUCUGCCAAACCAUGUGAAUUUAGACCUUUGUAUCUCCUUGUUUUUCGAUACGUGGAACCAGGUGACACCUGUGCUUAAUAAAGAGAUCUUCAUGGCCAACUAUCUGAAAUUCAACAAAUCCAGAGAAACCAAUUUUGAAGACGGGGCCAUGUACGGAAUGGAAAAAUUCGGAGAAAUGUUGAUUAUCAUCACCACCUUGGUUAUGCUCGCUCAGGAACGCAACAACUUGUAUGCCCACAACAAGGAAAAGUCUGCCAGUCACGGAGAGUUACUGCAAUUUUACGAUCACCUUAUCAAGCAAUUUAUUGGCUCAAGCAUGAACUCGAUCUGUUCGAUCACAUCAUUACAACUGACAACGCUCGAACUGCUCUAUUGUCUCACCACAGCCGAUUUGAACACCAGUUACGAACUGCGUGGUAAACUGAUCACCAUGACCCAGCAACUGAGGCUACACAGAUGUCCAGCUGCAGUUCUGGGCCAGAACGGAUCCAAAGUGUCGAAAUUGCAACAGGGAGAGCGGAGAAUCUUGUUCUGGUGUAUCUACACAUUAGACACAUUUAGUGCUCUCAUACUGGGAGUUCCCAGAUUGCUUAAAGAUUACGAAGUGGAAUGUGCUUUGCCGUCCUCCUCGUCAUCUGACGGAACAGAUAUCAACCUCAUCACCUUCAACAACACGCAACUGUCUCUUGUGGGUAAAGUCAGCGACCAGGCGUUGAGUGUCAUGCGGUUUGCCAAAGUGUUGGGUACCUGUGUUGAUGCCAUCUUCAAAAGAAGCAACAACGAGAUCAAGAAGACCAACAUCGACGAGUCAUCCACUCUCAUGUUGGAGCAUCUGCUAGAGUCGUGGCGCAAAGACCUGCCGUCGUCUUUAAGGUUCGACAGUGACAUUGGAGCAGCAGAGAUGGAGAAGCUCACUGAGGCGCAAAUCACAUUGCUCUUCCUCUACCAUCAGGCAAAGGCUCUGAUUUACAUGCCAUUAAUGGCCACAGAAACCACCAACUCGAAGAACUCUGCUUCGUAUAUUGCGAUCCAGCAAUCGUCCACGGCCAUUCUUGCCAUUUCCAAGCUGCUGAACACAGCCAAGUUCCACUUUUACCAUCUCCCGUUGCCGAUCAACACUUCUCGCCAAAAAGCAAGGUUUGCUCUUUUGGCCGCUAAAGGAGCCCUCGAAUACACCAGAGGUGGUGCUCUAUUCCAGGACUCCAAGUCGCUGCUCAGCUCGGUGAUUGGAGACUUAAAGCUGGAGACUGACAUCUCGUUCCUUGGAUGUUUAUCCAAGUCCUGCGUGGAGCACCUGGAGAUAGCCAUAGAUACAAUACUGACUGCUCCAAAGGUCAACUCUCCUCCUUCUCAACAGUCUGCGGAGACUCCAAAGAAGGACAAGAAGAAGAGCUCUACUCUCAGAACCAUGCUCUCCACCCCUGUCAAGGUCGAAGAGGAGGAACCUGCGAUCAACGAUAUAUUUUCUUCGCAAUCACCUCCUCAAAUCGUCAGACCGUCCUCCUUCCAGUACCAAACGUUACAAGAUCAGAUGCGCCAUCCGUCUCCACUCCCACCUCAGUUCACCACUCCGCCAGAACAGCAACAACAGCAACAGCAGCCCUACCAACAGUAUCCGAUGAUGAACAUGCAGCCCCAGCCGCAAGUUCAGCAAUCAAUACGUCCUGCCUAUCCACAGCCAGAGCAGAGGUCGUACACGGAUCUGAUGAUGUUGAACGACUUUGGAGUCGACGCUUCUCUUGGUCUGUCGUUGUUGGAUUUUGAGUUUGACGAAAACUGGCAGAAGAAACAGAGAAGAGAUUCCAGCGCUACAACAUCCAAUGUACAAGAUUUCUCAAGCGCGGAAGAAGACUUGUGGAAAUGA